CGCCUGCGCCACCGGCCACCCUCCGGCAGGUCGGAGCUGCCCGGGCCGCCCGGCAGGCAGCUCCCCAGCCAUGGCCAUGGCUUCGCCGGCCGUUGGGCAGUUCCCGUACCCGCUGCUGCUGGACAAGGAGCAGCAGCUCUUUCUGCAGAGCCUCAGCGCCAACGAGAGGAAGAAGAUCCUCAAACGCUCCGCGUCCAACGACAUGAAGCCACCGCAGCCCAGACGCCAGCAGCAGCCCCACGCCGCCGCUCCAGGGGCCGUGCCCCAACGGGGCGCCCAAGAGCCCUCGGCCGCCAAGGCGGGCCCCCUGGGAAGCCGGGCCGAGCCGCAGCGCGCCGCCAAGGGCAGAGGCGAGCCGCCGCGAGAGGACAAGGACGAGACGGCGCUGGCGGGGCUCGCCCGGGAGCCUCCCGCCUCGCCCGCUCCCGCGGCCAAGCCCCCCCGCUCGGGGCUGCUGCACCACCAGCGCCUGCGGCUGCGCUCCGCCGCGCCUCGCCUGCUGCCAGACGUGCGCACCAUCUUCGAGCAGCCGCGGGACCCCCGAGUGCGCCACGAGAAGGGCGAAGGGCACCGCUUCGACGCUUUCGCCCUCUGGCCCGGCUGGUGCGACCUGUGCGGGGAGGCCGUGCGCCAGAGGGCUCUGCGCUGUGCCAACUGCAAGUACACCUGCCAUCAGGAAUGCAAAAGCCUCAUCCAACUGGACUGCAGCCAGCAGGAAGGACAGACCCACAACAAACCUUCGCCAGAAAAUACCUUAACCCAAAACUACUGCCAGAAUGCAACGAAAACAGUGGAAGAGGAAAAGCCCAGAGCUCCAACCAUCCAAGAGCUGAAACAGAAGAUCGACAAUUACAAUUCAAAAGUCAACAACUGCUUGCUGAUGAAGAUGAAUGAUGAUGGCACUUACACAGGCUUCAUUAAAGUGCACCUCAAACUGCGCCGGCCUGUGACAGUCCCAGCAGGCAUCAGGCCGCAGUCCAUCUAUGAUGCCCUCAAAGAGGUCAAUGUAGCCAACAAGACAGAAAAAAGAACAUCCUUCUACUUGCCACUGGAUGCCAUCAAACAGCUGCACAUCAGCAGCACUACUACUGUCAGUGAGGUGAUCCAGGGACUUCUGAAGAAAUUCAUGGUGGUGGACAACCCACAGAAAUUUGCACUUUUCAAACAGAUGCAGAAAGAUGGCCAAGUUCUUUCCCAGAAACUCUCGGUAACAGAGUAUCCUUUAUACCUCCGACUUGUAGCUGGUCCCGACACAGACAUUCUCAGCUUUGUGUUGAAAGAAAAUGAAACUGGGGAGGUUGAGUGGGAUGCCUUCUCUAUUCCAGAGCUACAAAACUUCCUAGUAAUACUUGAGAGGGAGGAAAAGGACAAAAUCCAGCAAGUGCAGAACAAGUAUAACAAAUUUAAACAAAGACUACAGGAGGCCUUGAAAGAUGCCAAUGAGAAGCCUGGAUAACAAAACCUGGAAGUGUGGGUAGUGAUGAACUUAAAAGUUAUAAUUUUUAAAAACAUUUAAAAAAAACCAAGACUUUUUCUCAGGACACUUUCAGUUGGUUGCUGUCUAAGACAUGAUCAGAGCUGGUAACUAUAGAAUGGAAAUUGAUGUUUCGAAUUCACCGGCCCUCUGGAAACCAAAAAUUAAUGCUGCUUCUCCUUCCACCAGUCAUACUUAAUGGCAUAGCCAGGAAACUUUGCAGCAAGUGCUGAAUGUCCAAGGAAUUGGGUUGCUUGCACUGUAAAUGCUGAGGGCCAUACCAAACCUGCUAGCUUCCUUCUCCUUCUCAACGUCAAUACCUUGGCUGCUGGAUUUGUGUAUGUGUGGCAGAAGUGCAAUGAAUGUGCUCUCUGUGGUAAUUUCAUCACAUGCAAUAUGUGGUAUCGGAAGCUCUGCAUUAGUAAUGGAUUCUUAUUGCUCUGGUGUGCGUGUGUGUGCAUGUGGACACUGUAGGGAUGCCAACAGUGGUUGCACAGUAUGAAGAGAGUUAGCUAAAGAGAUAUCACACAGGCUAGAAAACUAGAGCUGAGCUGUAGAGUGUUGUUGGCCUUGAACAAGUUUAUAUUUUCUCAGGGGGAAAGUCAGCUGCUUUUAUUUUAUAGGCAAAUCAGGAGGGCUCUUUCCUGGGUUAAGCCCCCAGCCUAAUAUUUUAAGUUCAAUCUCAGUUCUGCCAACUGCGUUCCUUCUUACCCUGUAGGAACUGGGACCACUGUGAGGAAUCUGACAGUGAGCUGAUUUUGGCACUCAGUGCUAAGCACCAGUCUUCUAGUAGAAAAACUAUGUCAGGAACUUGAGGAGGAGAGGAUCCAGUUAUCAGAACACAGGCAGUGGGAGACUGGUGGCUGCCUGCUCGGCAGGUCCCGUUUCCCUGCAGCUGGGUUUUCGAUUGCAGGCAACUCAACCUGAUUAGGGUGGUACAAAUUACAACCAACUAGUUCUGUUCUAGUAUGGCAAAGGUAAAAUCACACACUUAAGUUAAUGGGACCUGUAGAAGUCAUUAAAUAGUCAUUCCGGAAUGUCUUGCAUGUAGUGCCCUUCAGCUGUCAUGCUUUCUUCUGUGUUACAAGGCUCUUCCGUGCAAUAGUAGGAAAUUUUUAAUAUAUGAGAGAGUAAAUGAGCUAUUAUGAGAAAGGUGCUAAGUGUCAAACAAUGCAGAUAAAGCCUCUUUGAAUGAUUCCUGCUUUUAGCUCUCUUUAUCUUGGAUGUGUGAGCAGAGAAAGCUGCCAUUCUUACAUAGCUGGAGCACUGCAGGAGUCACUAAUCUAUAAGGUAGUCCCAUGUGGGUGGAGCAUCUAAGUGGUAACUUAGCCCAGGGGGUCUGUGUGUGAUCCACAGGGGGAGAUCUACACAUUUCAGUCAUUUGGUACAGUUUGAUGGAUCACCUUAUGGAAAAAGCAGCUCGCAUGUAGCUGUGGUUACAGCUAAACAGUAUCCAGCACUGUUAGGGUUGUGGGUACAGUUUGCUAAGUAGGGCAGUCUUUCCCCCUUUCUGUCUAUAGUUGCUGGUUUUGGGAAUCAAAGGAUUUCUUUUCCUGUCCCAAGAAGACAGUCUUGAGUGUGAAUCUGACAGAGGCUGUUCCAAAAAGGGAAACGGCGUAAAUCAAGUUUAGUGUGAGAAUGGCAGUUCUUGUAAGCAUGGGGAAGGUGGUAUGGGGCCUAAUGUGUACCCUUGCCAGUUCUGAUCCCAAAAGAAAUGAAGUAUCAAGCCUCCAAUAAGGCUGAGAAGAACUGCUGGCACAGUAUGAAGGCAAGAGGCAUAAUAUAAGCACAUGCAAACAUCAUGCCCUGAAUAUCAAAUAUUCAGAAUUUUCAUAAGCGCUGCAGAAAUGGUUGGUGUAGUUUGCUGAGAAGGGACUCCAGGAGUUCUGCCAACUGUGGCACCAGUGAGAACAAGAGUCAGAAACAACAACUAAGUCAUUGUAAAGUCAUUGACGUUGUAAAGUCAUUGACAUUUACCCUAGGAAUGGUAAAUAUUCCUUUUUUUAAAAAAAAAGUUAAACAGCUUUUUGGAGCCUGGCAUGCUCCUACUCCCCCUAGCAUGUCUUGAAUAUUUUUCUAGAAGGCAUGGCUUCUUAUGCAAUUUAUGUGAAUGCUGCUGACUAAGCCUCCUGCAAAACAGGAGAGCUUUUUUUUUUCCUUUUUAAAAAUAUUAUAUAGUUAUGGGACACAAAGAGGAAACAAAAUUAGUGAUGCCCCAGUUGUGAGAGAAAGCAGAGCCACUGGAACUGUGGCAGAGCAGACGCCUUAGCAUUAGGAUAGACCUCCACCUUAAGAAGCGCAAACUACUGCUGGCAGUGCCUUUGUUAGUAUAUUGUGUUGCCUGCAUAUGUAUGUGUGUAAUCCCCCACCCCUUUCUCUUUAAUGUAAAAGAUGUAAAAUCUGUACAGAAUGGAAUUAGUGAAAGCUUAUGUGGUAAAUACAUUUUUGCAAUGCUGUAAUUUAUUUUUACUACUGGUUUAAUCCUAUGACAUUAAAGUCAUCUAGCUUUUUUUUUAAAGCUCCUAAGCAAUUUGUUCAUGCGAUACAAACUGUGUAAGAAGCUAUUAAAAAUAAAGUCCCUGUAAAAGCUG